UUUCUGAGUCUUCCGGGAAACAGGUGAAGAGACGACUGUGUUUAUUUCUCUCAGUUCAGCUUCAGGUGAAUCCGCGACGGACGCGAGAAGCAGGGUUGUGUUUGAAAAGAGGAAGAGGAGGAAGAAGGAAUUCAGACCAUGUGACCCGUUGUUCUUCUUUAUGAUAGAGCAGGACAAUCUUUCAGCUCAGUCGUGACGAUGAAGACUCAGAUUAAACAAGAGCUGAUGCUGGCGAGCCUGCUGCUCGUCUCCCUGUGUGUCCAGGCCGCCGCCAUGUUGGACGGCAGACUGGACGUCCACUGGGAGCUGUGGAAGAAGACUCAGGGGAAGACGUAUCCAGAUGAGGUGGAGGAUGUGCGCCGCCGGGAAUUGUGGGAGGAGAACCUGAUGCUCAUUACCAAGCACAACCUGGAGGCCUCGAUGGGGCUUCACACCUACGACCUGAGUAUGAACCACAUGGGAGACCUGACAACAGAGGAGAUCAUGCAGUCGUUCGCCACGCUCACUCCGCCUGCCCACAUCCAGAGGGCGCCAUCUCCUUUCGAGGGGGCGUCAGGCGCUGAUGUUCCAGACUCGGUGGACUGGAGACUCCGAGGUUGGGUCACCAGCGUCAAAAUGCAGGGUUCAUGUGGCUCCUGCUGGGCCUUCAGUGCCGCCGGGGCCCUCGAGGGCCAGUUGGCCAAGACCACAGGGAAGCUGGUGGAGCUCAGCCCCCAAAACCUGGUGGACUGUUCUGGGAAAUACGGCAACAAAGGCUGCAACGGGGGCUUCAUGGACCGGGCCUUCCAGUACGUCAUCGACAACCAGGGCAUCGACUCAGAGGCCUCGUACCCGUACAGAGGAAAGGCUGGGCCGUGCCGCUACAACCCCGCCUACCGCGCCGCCAACUGCUCCAGCUACAGCUUCGUGCCUGAAGACGACGAGGGGGCUCUGAAGCAGGCGCUCGCCACCGUCGGGCCCAUCUCAGUGGCCAUCGACGCCACGAGGCCCACGUUUGCUUUCUUCAAGAGCGGAGUGUACAACGACCCGACCUGCACCCAGAAGGUGAACCACGGGGUGUUGGCUGUGGGCUACGGUACUCAGGGCGGGCAGGACUUCUGGCUGGUGAAGAACAGCUGGGGAACGACCUUCGGGGAACAGGGCUACAUCCUGAUGUCGCGCAACAAGAACAACCAGUGUGGCAUCGCCAAGUAUGGCUGCUAUCCCAUCAUGUAGCAGCACGGAGAGACAAAGAAAUCUUUAAUAAUCAUAACUCAAUUCUUUGUUCUGUGCAAAUUUUUCAAUGAAAAUGUUUUACAGUAAGAGCCACUAAUGGUCCACUAAGUGUUACUAAAAGUACCAGCACUCUUUGGUGUAUUCUUAUAAACGUAUCUCCAGGUGGAAAUUUAAAAGUUUUCCUCUAAGCACGUCAUCCCUGAAACUCACUGUCUCGUGUUUGUGUGAUUUUUUAAAUCUGUAAUGAUGAAAGGUAGGUACUCGCUGCUGAGGCUCAGACAGGUUUGGAUCCAUAUAUAGGUUUAGUCUCAGUAAACAUCACGUCUGUGCCUGUGACGCAGUCGAGGUGAAGAAGUGAUUUUUGCUCCAGCAGCUGUUAAACCUACCACAAAAGCCCCGUCUGAAAGGAA